AUGUGGUACAACUUGAAGAUUAAAGUGACAAAGUACAAGGCUGAAAUUAAUUGUUUAACCGUUCCAUUAACUUUCGUUAUGAUUCUUCUGUUUAACGUGAUAUGUUCAGGCAAUUUUCUGCUUCCCUCAAGGAAAAUCGAAAACAAAGGAAAUGAACAUUCCGAAUUUCCCUCUUAUAAAAUGAAUAUAAUCGCAAAUAGGUGGCGUGAAUUCGAAAGAGAAAAGCUACUCCUGAAAAAGUGGAAACAAAGUACGAAUAGUCCAACAAUCAGCAAAGUUCAUAAUUUUUUAAAUUUCUUGGAUAUAGAAACAAAUUUCAACCAACAAGGCAAUUUUGAGCACUAUACUGAAAUUCAAACGAUGAUUUUUGAACAAACAUUACAUUUGCAUUAUAUAGGUGCCGUUGUUGCACUUGUCUGUCUGUAG